UUGUACUGGUGCUCUGCAGGCUGAGGGUCAGUGUGCAGUGGAGAGAGACUGGAUAGUCUUCUGUUCUACAAGGGUGCCAGUGCUGUUUUGGAGCUUCAGAGACAUGACUGAAGUGGAGAGGCUCAUCCUCAUUGGCUGCUUGCUGCAAGGAGCCCUGGGCAGAGAGUGGGCAGUCUGGAUGCCUCAGAGUAUAGAAGCUCUGAGUGGAUCCUGUGUGCUGAUUCCUUGCAGAUUUAAGAUCCCAUCUCCAAAAAACAAAUACCUAGCAGAGGCUAGAGGACAAUGGAAAAUAGGUGGAAAUAAUGGCAGAGUAGUCUUUGAUUCCAAUAAAGCUGAGAAGCAGCCCAAACAGAAUGAAAUUAAAGGAACAUUCAUCGGAAAACUGACGAUGAACAACUGCACCACAAUUCUGGACCAGUUCCCUUCGUCUCCUACUUACAGAAAUAAAUAUUUCUUCAGAUUGGAAUCUCAGCGUCCUAUCAAGUUUAAUUUUCCUACAGGGAUCCAAAUUAACGCACAAGUCUCUCCACCCAAACCCAAGUUAACCCCAGAGAAGGUGGAGGUGAUGGAGGGGACCUCUGUGAGUUUGAGCUGCUCUGCUGCAGCCCCCUGUCCCAAACUCCCCCCAAAUCUGACAUGGACCCCCACGCUGAGUGACAGUGUGGAUCAACUGCAAGAGAAUGAGGAUAAUACCACAUUUGUGUCUUCUGUUCUGACCUUCACUGCUUCCCACCUCCACCAUGGGCAGAAGAUCACCUGCAGGGCACUUUACACACUGCAACAAGGAGGCAAUCUGACAUCUGAGGCCAGUCUGACUCUCAGAGUUCUAUACAUGCCUCAGAUCUCUGGCUCUGGGAGCUGCAGCAGAACUGCAGCAGAGAUCAGCUGCUCCUGUGAGAGCCGUGGGAAUCCCUCUCCCAGCAUGGAGUGGCGUGUGUCUGGACUGCGGGUCACUAACUCUACUGACAGAGUCAUCAGGGAGGAGCAGCUGGGGAACACAGGCCUGAGGAGCUCCCUCACCAUGCGCCACUCACAGGGAGACACGGCCACUCUCCUCUGCCUCAGUACCAACGCUCUCGGCACCUCCAGCCUCCAGCUCCACGCCCCGUCUCCAGACUCAGGUUUCAACAUUACCGCACUGCUGAUUAGUGCUGCUGCUGUAGUUGGCGCCAUUGUGACUAUAUUCCUCAUCAUGAAGACCAUUCAAAAGCAGGGGUGGGCAAUUCCAUUCCUGCAGGGCUGGAAAAAGAGAGACAGUGAGUCUACUGAAACUAGAAGGAAGGACACCGUAGGGAGUCCUUCCCCAGCAGAAGAAGACCCAGUCUACCCCAACCACGCCAUGGCAACCACCCAACCCAGGGACCUACAGCUGGGAGGGACAGACCCACAGCCCCUGGCAGAGGACCGAAACAAGGCAGAGCUGGAAUCCAUGCAUUACUCCUCGAUAAAGCACUCCCCCCGCUCCGUGGAGACACAGGGCCAGGAUGCCCGUGAAGGAGCCGCAGGUCACGGUGACGAUGUGGUCUAUUCACAGGUGGCCCUGAAGAAAAUAAUGGAGGUCAACCCAGAACUUUGUCUUUAAAAAUAAGGACGCGCAACCUUAACGAUUUUACUCUUCUGUAGAUAAAGAAUGAAGAAUCAAUUCAUUAACUUCAGACUUUGGACAAUGCAGCAACAGCCAAAUUAGUUUUUUUAUUUUUAUUUUUAAAGGAACACUUGCAUUUCAACUGAGAUUGAAUCCAGGGAUCAUCCUUGGCUCAGACUAUGUCGAAACUUUUGUGGUUAGCAUAACUGUGUAGCAUUUGCAUGUAGCCAUGUUGCGUAUACCCUCACUGGAAUGGACAUUUUUGCCAGAUCUAGCACUUCAUAUUGUUAUUUUCUCUCACAUACCAAGACACUCUGCAUAGGGCUGUCAGCCAAAUGAAUGCAACAUAUUGUGCUCUAUUAAAACUAUUUCACUUUGAA